AUGUCUACCACUGCAAUGACACUGGGAAUCGCGUUUUUCCUCGCGGGGAUGUUCGCAGGGCUCGUCCUAUGGGUACUCAACCUCUGGUUCCGCACGCGAAGAACAGCACGCGAGAACGAGUUCCAGCCCCGAUCAUCGUUCGUGUCAGAACGGGAACCCAGCCAUGACCGCGAUCGGGGCGUGCGCGCCGGCGACAUCGACGAGGGCGGACGCCGUGCCGGUGUUCCAGAGAAUGAUGUGGAUUUGGAGGCAGGGGACCUUGGGCGGGUUGCACAAGGGGGCGAGGAGCUACCCGCAUACGAGAAGUUUGGAGGGCCACCGGAGUAUGUGGCUGCUGCUGCUGCUGCUCCAGAAGCUGUUGAGCCAGCACGUUACUUCGGAUCUGGGGAAGAGCCUGCUUCAUGA